UCUUUAUACGAUCAAGUCCGCGAUAGAUAUUUAACUGAACAAGGGAGAGUUACGAGGCUUCACGUGUUGAAAGCCCAAUGGGGAGUUCCGAGAUACAUACCAUUAAAAUUUUUCACCGACCCGUCAAAUGGGUACCUGGUGGACGACACCUGCGUCUUCGGUGUGGAGGUUUUCGUCGUCAAGAGCUCGGGAGUCGGCGAACGUGUGAGGAUGCUGGAGGAGAGCACACCGUAUACUUAUGAAUGGAAGAUAUCAAGGCUCUCAAGCUCGGAGGAUGAAUCUCGAUACUCUGAUAUGUUCACUGUUGGAGUCUAUAAAUGGAAGGUGUAUAUGCGCCCACGUGGUGAUUCGAAUAACAGGGGCAAAAACCUUUCAAUGUUUCUCUGGUUAUAUAAUACGGAAGACUUGGCUUCUAAUGAGAAAGUGAACGUGAGGUUUGUCAUUCGGUUAAAAAGCCAAAACAAUGUCGUACUCCGUCAGCCGGAAGUUCUUACUACAUGGUUCAGUCGCUCCAUCCCGAUCUACAGCCGUCUUUCAUGCCACUGAAAAUGGUUCGCGAAAGCGUGAAGGAUGAUCCAUGUGUCAUUGAGGUCGAAAUCACGGUGGUUGGCACAGCUAGCAAAUUGCCAUGAUGGCAAAUAUAUGUACUGAAUGUAUUCAUAAGUAGACAAUCACCGGCAAUUCUUUCCUCACAACAAUAAUAUAUGGAUUGGAUAUAUUUGUUGAUA